AUGUUUGUCACACACAAAGACAUCCACUCUACUUUUGAAGAAAUUUCAACCGUUCUGAGACUUGCCUACCUUUAUCUUAUUGCUACCGUCGUUUCAGUUCAAGCCAUUUCACCUGCUGUUAUUGAGCUAGCCAUGGAGUCGCUGAACGAUAGUUUGCACUAUUUCUCUACCAUAAUCAUGGGCAACGUCUUCCCCAUGAUCCAGGAUGCCUGCGACGUCGAUUGGCAUCAGAAGGGUCUCUACCUGUCUUCGUUGCAGCUGAAGACUUCCUACAAGCUGUCUCCCCUGCUGGGCCGUUACGCCACUCUGCUGGGGGUUUCCCUCAUGGUCUGGUACAUCGGAACCAGCCUAGCUGCGUGGUUUCGACUACGCCAGUUCCCCGCUGCCUCUUGGCUGGCAAACUUCUCAUACCUUUGGCUGGCCAAAACGACCUACAGCGGCAAGCAGUACUGGGUGCACCGUGAACUGAACCGCAAGCACAAGAGCCCGCUCGUACGUAUCGGGCCCAACGAGCUCAUGACCGACGACCCGGACAUUAUACGUCGCAUCAGCGCGGCCCGGAGCGGUUACAUGCGCGACACUUGGUACAUCACGGGCCGCUUUAACCCCUACCAUGAUAAUAUGUUUACGGUGCUGGAAGAAAAAGCGCACCAGCGAUUUAAAUCGCGUACCAUGCACGCCUACAGCGGCCGCGAGCUGCCCGACUUUGAGGCCGGUAUCGACGAACAGGUACAAACCCUCGUCAACACGUUGCGGCGCAAAUACGCUGCCCCUGCAAAAGGAAACGCCUCGGGCAAGCGACCGCAGGGUGCUUUGGUCGAUUUAGGGCCAAUUUCGUGCUAUUUCACCAUGGACGUUAUCACCCGCCUGGGCUUUGGCCAGGAAUUUGGCUAUCUGCAAUCCGAAACGGACUUGUACAACUUUUUGGGGAGUGUACGGGAUUUGUGGCCCCGUAUGUCCACGUCUGCCGACGUCCCCUGGAUCCGCAAUAUCUUGUUUUCCAAGUUCUUUUUGAAGCUUGUUGGCCCCGGGCCCAAAGAUAAGGAGGGCUUUGGCGCGUUGAUGGCGGUGGCUGAACAACACGUCGGCAGGCGCUUCCAGGAAGGUCCUGACUCGAAGAAGGAUAUGCUUAGCUCUUUUAUCCACCACGGUCUCAACCAGACAGAAUGCGAGGUUGAGGGUCUUUUCAUGAUCGUUGCGGGUAUUGAAAGCACCGCCUCGGCCAUCAGGUCCGUGCUGGUGCACACCAUGUCGACGCCAGCCGUAUAUGCUCAGCUCAAGGCCGAAAUCGCCACUGCUGUAAGCUCUGGAGCAGCCUCCUCCCCCAUUAUUAAAAAUGAGGAGGCGGUGCGUCUACCUGUACUGCAGGCCGUUAUCUACGAGGGUUUGCGUAUGCGAACCCCGCUGCUGGGACUGCUACCAAAAGUGGUUCCCGCGGGGGGCGAUACGUUGGCCGGCCACCAUGUGCCCGCCGGGACCGCCGUCUGCGUCAACACUUCGUCGCUGCUACGAUCUGAAGCCCUUUUUGGUCCUGAUACCGAUGUUUUCCGCCCUGGUCGGUUUUUAGACCUGGAGCCCGAGGCGCGCGCCGCUAUGCAGCGCAACGUGGAGCUCGCUUUUGGGACCGGCCAGUGGCAGUGCGUCGGCAAGACCAUUGCCUUUAUGGAGCUUCACAAGGUCGUGUUUGAGACUAACCAAGCCAAGCUUUUCCGCCGCUUUGAUAUGCACCUAGUCAGCCCUCUGAAGCCCUGCGAUGUCCUUAGCUAUGCGGUUUUUGUUGAAUCGAACAUGAUGGUCAGGGUGACUGAGGCGGCUUAG